AUGCAGCCUCUCAAUCGCAUGUACAGCAAGAGGAUCCACGUGUCCAGUCACAGUCAGAAGCAAUGGAUGUAUAUCAAGCUUCCAGGAGUAGAACUGUCCUCCUUCUCCACCUUCAUCAGAGGGCUCACGGUCGUUCAACUGUUACUGCUGCUCUACUUUCUUUUGUGGUCAUACCUCCGAGGGAGAUGCUUCCGUGACCUCGAGGGAGCUUCGAAGGGAGCAGUCAUCCCCUUGUUCUACCUCAGCGUCGGGGUUUUCUGCUUUCACAGUGUCUGGUGGACGCUCCUGAUCUUUUACAAGUCGCUCUUUGGGAUGUGGCGGCAAAGCGUGAAAGAGGAGAAUAGGACUGCGCUAGCUCUCUGCACCUCUGAUUUGUGUGAUGCACAGAAGACGAGGAUCCGUGCGAUGAACAGGUUUGUUGACGCUGCAAUCCUUCUAUGGCUGCUGUUGAUUUGCGCGAUGACCAUCAAAUUCUUUGUCAUCGACAACAGCCAGUGCAUUUUUGCGGGCGAUCCCACGGCAGCAGGGUAUGCCUAUGGUGCAAACAGCUGUUUCAGCUGUGAUUUGCAGCUUUACAUCUCAGCAUAUGCUGUUUGGUUGGGAGUAUCACUUGGCAUCAUCCUGAAGACUGUCGUACUGAGCUCCAGCAGCGACUUCACUUUGAAAUCCAAGGAACUAGAGAAUUUGACCAUCAAGGAAUGGAGGUUUCCUGUCAUCGGAGCAUGGGUUCAGCGAACAGAGUUUCGCCAGUCUAUCGCUGUGGUGAUUGCUGGGUUGGGCUUCAUCCCAUUCCUCGUGAUCAGCUUGGGAGCGUACGGAGCAGUGAACCCCAAGAGGCGCUACCUCUUCGCUCCCUUCAUGUACACAGUGACGCUUGUGACGGCAUUGAUCGAUUUUGGGGUCCUCAACUUGAUAUUUUAUCCUUUGAAAAAGAUACUGAAGAGAAGGAAGAAGGACAAGCCUGCAAAGUUGCCGAAGAAGUGGAGCUUGUCCCGCAAGAUCUUUAUGCUGAGUUCGCGCCCGAAGCGGAAAGUUCUACAAGCCUUUUAUCUCUUCAUGAACAUCCCUUGGUUCGGAGGGUGUGCUCUAUCUCACUUGGGUGCGCUGGGACAAAUUUAUGUAUUUGCCAGCAUCUUGUUCUUCAUCUGCUUUCUUCUGACAUGUACGAUCUUCAUUGUGGAUGACAAGUCAUACAGCGUGAAGGAUCUCCUGGAUAGGCCAAAACGCAACAAUUACGGCUUGAUUAUGCUGCGAUCUGCAUUUGUGAAAGAGCUGGAGCGGAUCUUGGAGGAGAGUCGUGAAUCAAACUUCACGCAUGUUGUUCUCCAGGGCGAGGAGGACGCAGCAGGUGUCACGAAGGACGACUCGCAAGAGUCUGGCAAGGACGAGGGAAAGCAGAAAGAGUCGGAUGCUGGUGACAUCCAGUGUUCCAUGGAUGUCCCCAUGUACCUAGCCAGCCAAGAUCGAGUUGAACUGGCCGUGGUGCUGAGCUACCGCUGGUCCGACCGCAAACUCUAUAUGAAGAAGCAGAAUGAUCCUUCGAGUGUUCCCCGAUGCUUCAGGAUUCGCCACAGCAACAGCGACGGCUUCGACUGGGUGGUGACGAUGAUCGAACCGCAGUUGAUCGCCCUGAUCAAGGCUCUGUCAAAGCAGACAGAGGACUAUGUCUGGAUGGAUCAGUUCUGUAUCCCUCAAGUGAACAGCAGUGAAGCGAAAGACCUUGAAUACGAGGAGAAGAAACGAGAAAUGAGGAACAUUCUUAUUCCUCGAAUGGUGGCGCUCUACUCUUCAGCUGGGGUUGUGCUGGCCUUUGACAACUCUGGGGACACGAGGCUGGAGAAGGAAGAUUGGUACGAGAACAGGAUGUGGUGCCUGCAGGAGUACACCUUCCCCCAAGAGUUCGAGAUCAUCCCCAUCAGCAACGAGGGGAACAGGGAUCACCACGAACUGCUGGAGAGGAGGAGCACAGUCAACCAGAUGUGGUUUGACGAGGAGCGGAUGACGCAGCUGAACCAGGUCGCCAGCCUCGAGGAAGGGAUGGCGACGAGAGGGCAGCGUAUGAUCCUUGACUGGGUGGUGAAGAGGAAGGACAACAUUGAGAUCUUGAUCAAGAAUAGGGUGUACGACGUCGGAAGCAGGAAGUACCUGGAGCUCGUCUACGAGCACGGGGCGUCGAACCGCAACGACACGCUCCCUGCGCUGGCGCAGGCAUGGUUCGGGAUCAUCAUGACGAAGCCAGAGAGCAAGCAGAUGCUGAUACAAUCUCUUGUCUCGCACUUGUUCGAGACUGGUGACAAAGAGCUUGACGUCAUCAGAAAUUUCAACGAGCGGACCAAGUUCCGCCUUGCGACCGGCACCAUGAUCGCCGACCGCAUGCUGAGCGGGCAGCCUGCAGGGCUCGAGAGCGGCGAGGAGACCAAAGUGCAGAUGCUCUGCCAUGGCGUGGAGGAGGAAGAGAUCGGCUCAGAGGAUCUGUCCGAGACUCUCUACUCGUGCAAGGGCCAACUGAUCCAUCCCCCGAGAUUCAAGCAGUGGGUGACCCACCUCUUCUUCACGAGAGCCGAAGCUGUAGAAGGGUCUCGCCCCCCUGCGUGUCGCCUGUACAAGAUGACGGUCUUCAACGAGUCCACCGCGAAGCUCGAGUUUCCGCUCGGUGUAAAGCUCGUCAUGCUGUAG